AUGGCCCCCACGCUUUUCCAGAAGCUCUUCAGCAAGAGGAGUGGACUGGGCUCAUCCGGCCGGGACACCCGCGACCCGGAUUGCGCUUUCAGUUGGCCUUUGCCAGAGUUUGAUCCAAGCCAGAUUCGACUGAUUGUAUAUCAAGACUGUGAAAGACGAGGAAGAAAUGUCUUGUUUGACUCCAGUGUUAAGAGAAAAACUGAAGACUUAACAGUAUCGAAACUCUGUAGUGAUGCUCAAGUCAAAGUCUUUGGGAAGUGCUGCCAGUUGAAACCUGGGGGAGACAGUUCAUCUUCCUUGGAUAGUUCUAUGACUUCAUCUUCUGACAUGAAAGACCAGUGUCCUAAGUACCAGGGCGGGCUGCCCUCGGGCUCUGGCUUGGGGCGAGUCGUCACACCCCUCUUCCCGGGGCGGCCUGCUCUUGGCCCCCGUCUCGGGACGAGCCGUUGCGGCCCUCAGGGUCUUUCACAGUUCUGCAGCCCCAGGCGGGCAUUCUCUGAGCAGGGUCCGCUCCGCCUGAUCAGGAGCGCCUCUUUCUUUGCAGUUCACAGCAAUCCAAUGGACAUGCCCGGAAGAGAGCUGAAUGAGGACAGAGACAGUGGCAUAGCACGCUCUGCAUCUCUAAGCAGUUUGCUUAUCACUCCAUUUCCCUCUCCAAAUUCUUCACUUACUCGAAGUUGUGCCAGUAGCUAUCAACGACGUUGGCGACGCAGCCAAACUACAAGCUUGGAGAAUGGGGUAUUUCCUAGAUGGUCCAUAGAAGAAAGCUUUAAUCUGUCAGAUGAAAGCUGUGGCCCUAACCCAGGAAUUGUGAGGAAAAAGAAGAUUGCAAUUGGAAUAAUCUUUUCAUUAUCUAAAGAUGAAGAUGAAAAUAGCAAAUUUCAUGAAUUAUUUUUUUCACAUUUUCCUCUUUUUGAAAGCCACAUGAAUAAAUUAAAGAGUGCAAUAGAACAGGCUAUGAAAAUGAGCCGGAGAUCGGCUGAUGCCAGUCAGAGGAGUUUGGCAUAUAAUCGAAUUGUUGAUGCCCUACAUGAAUUCAGAACAGCAAUUUGUAAUCUCUACACAAUGCCAAGGAUUGGAGAGCCUGUCUGGCUUACAAUGAUGUCGGGAACUCCAGGAAAGAACCAGCUUUGUCAUCGUUUUAUGAAAGAGUUCACUUUUCUAAUGGAAAAUGCUGCAAAAAAUCAAUUCUUGCCUGCUCUCAUUACCGCAGUUCUGACCAAUCAUCUUGCCUGGGUGCCAACAGUCAUGCCAAAUGGACAGCCACCUAUAAAAAUAUUUCUAGAAAAACAUUCCUCUCAGAGUGUGGACAUGUUGGCAAAGACUCAUCCAUAUAACCCACUUUGGGCACAACUAGGAGACUUGUAUGGUGCCAUUGGAUCACCUGUUCGAUUAGCAAGAACUGUGGUAGUUGGCAAAAGACAAGACAUGGUCCAGAGGCUUCUUUAUUUUCUUACUUAUUUCAUAAGAUGCUCUGAACUUCAAGAAACCCAUCUUUUAGAAAAUGGAGAAGAUGAAGCCAUUGUUAUGCCAGGCACAGUAAUAACUACCACUUUAGAGAAAGGUGAAAUAGAAGAAUCUGAAUAUGUGCUUAUCACAAUGCAUAAAAACAAAAGCAGUUUGCUCUUUAAAGAGCCAGAAGAAAUAAGAACUCCUAAUUGUAACUGUAAAUAUUGCAGUCGUCCACUCCUUGGGCAAAAUACAGAAAAUGGUUCACAACAAGAGAGGGAAGAUACUCAAAAUAGCUCUAACAAAUUGCUGGAAAUGUCAAAUGAGGGCCGGAAGAUUUCUCCUUCUGACUGCCAUGAAGAAAAUGCUUUUGAUUUUAAACAGUACAGAGAUAAAUUAAGAACUUGUCUUGAUACCAAGUUAGAAACCAUUGUUUGCACAGGUUCUACUCCUGCUUUGGUAGACAAAUGUGCAUUGUCAGAAUCAGGCUUAGAACCAGCAGAGAAAACAUGGCAACAUGAGGAAUUACUGGAUUCAGAUAACCACACAGGCAAAUUGAUGAGAUCCGCAGGACUGACUGUGGAAAAAAAACCUCCAGAUAAGCUUGUGCCAGCUGCAUUUUCUUGUGACGCAAGCCAGACAAAGGUUACCUUCCUGAUUGGGGAUUCCAUGUCUCCUGAUUCGGAUACUGAACUCCGGAGUCAGGCAGUGAUGGAUCAGAUCUCCAGGUAUCAUACCAGACUGCUGAAGGAAGAAGCAGCAGCUACUGAUAUGCAUCAAGAAACUAAACAAAUAACUCAGGACCAAUCUGGAGAAUCUAGUAUACAAAAUAGAGUUUCUGGAGAGGCCUGUGCACUGCCUUGUUGGAAUCAUUCGGAUCCAGAAAGUAUAAGUUUAUUUGAUGAAUAUUUUAAUGAUGAUUCCAUUGAAACAAGGACUAUUGAUGAUAUUCCAGUUAAAACAAGCACAGGCAGUAAAGAACACUGUUGUAUGUUGGAAUUUUCAAAACAAUUGUGUACAAAAAAUGGCAAACAAAAUAAUGAAUUUUAUGAAUGUGUAAGUGGAGUUCACCAGGAUGCAUGUAAAACCUGCUUUCCUCAGCAGGACCAAAGACCUAUGCUCUCCAUUCUUGUCCCCCAUGGGGAUAAAGAGAGUGCAGAGAAAAAAAAUGCUGUAGGAAAUGACUGGGACAUUCCAAGAAAUGAAAGUUCAGAUAGUGCCCUUGGUGAUAGUGAAAGUGAAGACACAGGCCAUGAUAUAACCAGACAAGCCAGCAAUUAUUAUGGGGGAGAGCAUGAAGAUUGGACAGAAGAGGAUGAGAUACCUUUUCCUGGGUCAAAGUUAAUUGAAGUGAGUUCUCUUCAACCCAAUAUUGCCAACUUUGGGAGGUCCUUGCUGGGUGGCUAUUGUUCAUCUUAUGUGCCUGACUUUGUUCUUCAAGGAAUUGGGAAUGAUGAGAGGCUUCGCCAGUGUCUUAUGUCAGAUUUGAACCAUGCUGUGCAGCAUCCAGUGUUAGAUGAACCAAUAGCCGAAGCUGUCUGUAUCAUAGCAGAUAUGGAUAAAUGGACUGUCCAAGUGGCCAGUAGCCAGAGACGAAUGACGGAUAAUAAAUUGGGAAAGGAAGUGUUAGUUUCCAGUCUUGUUUCCAACCUGCUUCAUUCCACUCUCCAGCUUUAUAAACAUAACCUGUCUCCAAAUUUUUGUGUUAUGCAUCUUGAAGAUCGAUUGCAGGAACUAUACUUCAAGAGCAAGAUGCUGUCUGAGUACCUGAGAGGACAGAUGAGAGUUCACGUCAAGGAGCUGGGAGUGGUUCUGGGGAUUGAAUCCAGUGAUCUUCCUCUUCUGGCUGCAGUAGCAAGCACACACUCUCCAUAUGUAGCCCAAAUACUGCUUUAA